UGCGCGCCGUUAUCUCGGCAAAAGCUCUCUCCUGGCCGCCGCCGCGUCGCGCGUUUGAUAAUACGCGGGUACUGUAUACACAAGCAAAAACAACAAAACAAAGAAACGAAACGAAAUCCGCCACUGGUCGCACACCAAAUGCGGGACGGAGUCAUAAUAUUAUAUAGGUAGUUGGUAUACACAGUUGCGAUAGUGAUAUUACAGUAAAAUAUUGUCAAUCAAUUGCGCCGCGACCUUAUUAAUAAUAUCGCACAAAAGUCGGCCGUCCCGCGAUACGCGUCCGUCUCGGCGUGAACUUUUUGGUACACCGUCUAGAUCGUAAGUCUUCGUCGUCGUCGUCGUCGAUCGUUGCAAAUAUGGAUACUGGUCCGCAAGCCUACGGGGCCGGCAAAGUCGGCGGCGAGUUCAACAUCCAAAACUUUGUCCGCAAGCCGCACGUGUUCGUCAGGCUGUUGUCGUUGUUGUUUGGUUUGAUCGUGUAUUUUUGUGCAUCAUCUGGCUCAUGGACUACAGACGUAAAAACCAACGAAGAAGUAUGCAUGUUCAAGCUUAAGAGUUUUGGAUGUCACAUUGGCGGCGUGGUGGGCUUCACGUCAGUGAUCGGAGCAGCUGUAUUCGUCGGCGGCGAGUAUUAUUUCGAAAACGUGCCAUCGGUAAAAAGUCGUAAACAUUACGUGCUCAUCGACCUUGGAUUCUCGUGUCUAUGGUCGUUUUGGAAUUUUUUACUUUUCAUUUAUCUAGCUGACGCAUGGGGUAAUACACCCGAUUUCCCUGAUUCAAUCAGCACUGCCAAUCCAACCACUGCCAUUUAUUUUGCAUUAUUUGCUACUUUUUCUUGGGGGACUUCUGCAUACUUCUCAUACCAAAGAUAUAAUAUGGGUGUUGAUCCAGCAUUUAUAUCAUCUUUUGAAGCCGAUCAAUUUGGAGCGUACGAUGAAACGCAAAAUAACAGUAACAAUGAAUGUCCGUUUAAUAAUCAGAUGUCUGGUAUAAUAUAGCUUCGAUUUUCAAAAUUUAGAUAUAUUGUGAAUAUCAAACUCAAGCUUACUAAGUACACAAUCAGUUUUUAAACGAUGAUACUGAGCAUGCCAGCAGAUUGUGUUUUUACCACACAUACCAAAUUAAUUGUUGUCGAUGGUAUUACUGGUUUUAUUACUUCACAAUAACUAAACAACGUAUUUUAUUGAAUAGUUAGUUGCGAGUAGUAUCAAUUUUUGAAAUCUGUAACAAAAUGAUUAAUAAUUAUGAUUAUAUUAUAUGUAAUUACUAAUUUGAUUUUAUAUUUUUUUGAUAUACUUAUUAUAUCAUUACAUUUUUCAACUAAUAUUCUAUACAUUAUUGUUGUUGUCCAUUUAAACAAACAUAAGUAAAUCUUAGUAAAACAAAAAUGUGAAAUAACUAUUAUUGGUAUUGUUAAUAGUUUUUCUUUAAAUAAAAUUAUUAUAAUAUGCGUCGAUGAAAGUUAAAAACGAAGUAUAAUGCAUUAUGGCGCUAAGUUUAACGAUCAAAUUCUUAGGGUUUAUAUACUCCAUAAUAUACAUAGAUAAUAUGUUUAUACUUUAUGUAUAUUAUACUGUUAUAAGUAACGUACAAAAAAAAAAAAAACAAACAUAAUAUUAUAUCUAAUCAAUCUCUACGAUAAUAAUGUUCUUUUUCUAAAAUAUAAGUGACGAACAUUUUUUUUUAUAAAUAAAUAGAAGCAAUUAUUACCCAUAUCAAAAUGUCGCAGGCAAUAUUAGAACUUAGUAUUAUAGACAUCAUAAUAAUGUAAGUAGACACAAUAUCAUCGUGAUCAAUAAUAAUGAUUAUUAUUAUGCGAUUAUUACGAACGCAUUUCUGUUUCGCCGUACCAGUAUUUUGUCGGUAGAUACCUCCUAUACCUAUCUUAAUAUUAUAAAAUUAUACUAUUAUAUAAAUUAUUAAUCAACUAUUAAUAUUAACAUUACUAUAUUAUUAUAUAAUUACAUAUACAAGUGUUAACGCGCAUAUAUAUUAUUUAUUUUUUUUCUUAAAAUAUAUUUGAAGUGAUGAGAAAUAUAUUAUAUGCAUACGGAUUAUUUA